UUUCAUCUGUCACUCUCUUUCUUGUAAGUAUUUCAUUUUCCUCUUCAUAUAGCAAAACCACUAUUUCUCACCAAGCAAAACUCAAGAACUGAAAGCCAUGAAAGAAAGAGGCAAAGCUGCAAUGGAAACUGACACUUUCUCAGAUUUCAAUUACUCUGUUUCAUCAGACAUGCCCUGUAAGAAACACCCAUCUUCAUCUUCAAUUGGAAUCUGUUCUUAUUGCCUUAAAGAGAAAUUAGUGAAUUUAGUUUGCUCAGAAUGUGGUGAACAAAGACUCUCUUCUUGUUCUUGCUCUGAUUCAUCUGAAGUUGGAAGAAUUGGGAGGAUUUCAUCUCUGUUAGAAAAUGAGAAAAAACAGAGCAUAAGAGGUGGAAAAACAGAGCAAGUCAUUGUUCUGAGGAGAAGCAAUAGUAGUUGUGUUGAAAUCAAGAAAAACAGCAAUGGGUUUUGGAAAAUCAAAAGAUUUUUCAGUAAGAAGAAGAAAAAGGGUGUUGAAAAUGGUAGUAAUGAUUUGGAUGAAAAUAGUGAUAUUUGGGUUUCUGAUGCAAUGGCAGUUUCAAGAUCAAGAUCAGUUUGUAGUUUCAGAGGAGGUGGAUUCAAUGAUACUGAUGAAGGAAGUGAUUACAGAUUCUCAAGUGCUAAAAUCUCCGAUGUUACUGGUGGGAUACUCAUGGAUUCUUCUGAUGAACCAAGAAAAAGCGGAUUUCGAAGCAUAUUUCCUGUUAAGGAAAGUGAUUUUACUUCCAUGGAUGAUUCAGCCUUCAUCGACUUAAAAUUGGAUUUGUCACUCGAGUCUAAAUCAGACUAUCCUGAUAGUAAUGGACGGGUUGGAUUGGAUUUGAGCGGAUUGAAAUCGGGAUCAAGUAAUGGGGCAUUUGGCCAUAGUGGUUCUUGUAGGAUGACAAGGAGUGGUGGCAAAGGGAACAAAGUGUGGAAAUGGAUUUUUAAGCAAAGUUCAAGCAAAUCUUGAUAAAUUAUAUAUGGGUGAAAAUCAUUUACAUUCUCGAUUUUGAUUUAAAAAUCAAACUCAUCCCUCAAUUAUGAACAAUAGACAUUCUCCGUCGCAGUCUCUACCUUAGCUAGUUUAGAGAGUUACUUUGAAAAGUAAAUAUAGAAUUUCCUAUGCUUUUUAUCUUCUUAUAAUCUCAUAUGUAUCCUUUUCCUCAACACAUUUGUGGUAGUGGAUUAAGAAAAACAAAAGAAGCAAAAUAAAUGGAUCUUUUUAUUUU